AUGGAGUGGAUGGAACCCGUGUACACCGAGCACUGGCUGAACAGGGCCGCGGCGUACCUCAGGCUGUGCGCAUACAAGCACGCGGAGCAGGACGCAGACGAAGCCAUCAGGCGAGAGCGCUCCGCGAAGGCGUUGUACCGCCGCGGACGCGCGCGCCGGUCCCUUGGACGUCGCGCAUGCCGAUAUACGCGGAGCCUUGCAACUUGA